GGAUUUUACAAGGUGAGGAAUCGAGUAGCCAACCAACUGAGCAUCUAAGAUCCCAUAUGCAUUUUCUUUUUUUUGCUCCUAAAUGAGGCGAAGAACCUUAAUUACGAGGUCUUUGUCAAUAUUUAAGUCACAAUGUCAAUAUUCAAUUAGUUUUUCAUCCAUUGCCUACAAGUCUUUUGAUCUCAAGACUUGCAUUGUAUCACUUCAAUCAUGUGCUAAUGACAAGGACCUUACAGGAGGGAAACAAGUUCAUUGCCACAUGCUUAGAUGUGGCCAUUUGGAUUUAUCUCCCGUGCCUACCACCAGCCUUAUUAACAUGUACUCGAAAUGCAAUUCGAUAUCCAAUGCAUUAUCUGUAUUCUAUACUUCACCAAUUGAUCAUAAUGUGUUUGCUUAUAAUGCUAUAAUAGCAGGGUUAAUUGCCAAUGAUUUGCCUAAAAGUGCUUUUGAAUUCUAUUUCAAAAUGAGGCUAGUUGGUAUCAUGCCUGAUAAGUUCACUUUUCCUUGUGUGCUUAAGGCUUGUAAAAAUGAAGUAGAUUUGAAAAGGAUUCACGGGUUGGUUUUUAAAUUUGGGCUUGAAGUUGAUUUAUUCAUCGGAAGUGCUUUGUUGCACAGUUAUCUAAUGUAUAGGAUGGUGGAUUUUGCGUUAGAUGUGUUUGAGGAUUUGCCGGAGAGGGAAGAUGUUGUGCUUUGGAAUGCCAUGAUCAAUGGAUAUGCUCAAACUGGAGAGUUUGGUAGUGCUUUGAUGGUUUUUAGGUGGAUGAUUGAGGAUGGGGUUAUUCCCAACAAGUUUAGCAUAACAGGUGUACUUUCAGCUCUGGCAAAUUAUGGGGAAGUUUAUAAUGGAAAGGUGAUACAUGGGUUUGUGAUAAAAAAGGGUUUUGAUUUGGGGGUUGCCAUUUCUAAUGCAUUAAUAGACAUGUAUGGUAAAUGUAGCUGUGUUGCUGACGCUUUAGAGGUUUUCCAGACAAUGGAUGAUAAGGAUAUAUUUUCAUGGAACUCAAUAAUUUGUGUGCAUGAACAAUGUGGUAAUCACGAGGGAACUUUGAGGCUUUUCAAAAGGAUGUUGUCUGCUAGAGUUCGUGCUGAUUUGGUGACUGUCACCACUACACUUCCUGCCUGUUCUCAUUUAGCAGCGUUGAGGCAUGGUAGAGAGAUUCAUGGAUACAUGAUUGUUAAUGGUCUGAGGAAAGAUACUGCUGACAAAGAAUAUGAUGAUACUUACAUUGACAAUGCAAUUUUGGACAUGUAUGCCAAAUGUGGAAGCAUGCGUGAAGCUAAGCUGAUCUUUGAUAUGAUGAAUUUCAAAGAUGUGGCGUCGUGGAACAUUAUGAUUAAGGGGUAUGGCAUGCAUGGAUUUGGCAUCAAGGCAUUAGAAUUGUUUUCUGAUAUGUGUAAGGCAGAAUUGAGGCCUGAUGAUGUCACAUUUGUUGGGGUUUUGUCAGCUUGCAGCCAUUCAGGGCUUGUAAAACAGGGGAGAGAAUUUCUUGCCCAUAUGCAGCCGAAGUAUGGUGUUGUGCCUUCUAUUGAACAUUACACCUCUGUGAUUGACAUGCUAGGUCGUGCUGGGCAGCUUGAAGCUGCUUAUGAGUUGUUAUUAACAAUGCCCAUUAAGACCAAUUCUGUCGUAUGGAGAGCGUUCUUGGCUGCCUGCCGUCUACAUGGUAAUGAUGAUCUUGCUAAGGUUGCUGCAAAACAGGUACUUGAUCUUGAACCAGAUCAUUGUGGAAGUUAUGUCAUAUUAUCAAAUGUGUAUGGACAGACUGGUCGCUAUGAAGAGGUAUUAGAGAUAAGAGAUGCAAUGAAGCUACAAAAUGUAAGGAAGACACCUGGUUGUAGCUGGAUUGAACUUCAUAAUGGUGUCCAUGUCUUUAUUACUGCUGAUAAAUCACAUCCUGAAGCCAACCUUAUUUAUGCUGGAUUGAAUUCUUUAACAGCGCGAUUGUGUGAGCAUGGUUAUACACCAGAAUCUGAUGCCUUGGAAAGCAGUCCAUGAUAUUCCAGACUUAUUCUCCGUUGUUCUAGAUGAAGAUUCCUGAAGCACUGACUGAAAGAAGGUUCUUACAAUAUCUAUUUGGGAAACCUAGCAAGUGUGUGAGUUCAUUUUGCUUCUCAUGGAAACCAAUGUCUAUGUAUGCUGGUGCUCCGAAAAUAGCCCGAGUUAUCUGUGUGCUUUUGCAGAUAAACUUUCUAUUGAAAAAUGAAAAGUAUGUUUUCUUCACUUUUGGAGCAUAUCAUUUUGCAGCAUCUGCUAUAACCAAGGGGAUAUUAAGUGCAACUAAGGACUAUGCUUCUCUUUUUGAUGUUGACGGUCAUUGAAUGAACUAUAUGGAGACCAUUCCUAAACAGGCAUCAUGAAUUAUACAGAAGAUCAUGAAGGCAUCUAGGUAUUUCACAGAAGCAGGACAUGAACUAACUGAUAUUUAUAACAUGAACCAGUUCCCAACAAGAUGGUUCUAUCAGAAGAUUAGAGGAGAGUUUCCAAAGGUGGAAUGGCAGGAACUGAUAUGCAAUAACCUUGGAAUUCCUAACUGGUCAUGGAAGAUGAUUUGGAAAACCAGAUCACCUAUGAAAGCAGCUUUUUUGGUUGGCUAGCAGCUAGGGAUGCUUGCCAAGCACAACACAAGUUACAAAGGAGAGGGUUUUCCUUGUGCAGUAGCUGAUAUUUCUGCAAUUUAGAGGAGGAAACAGUUGAACAUCUUUUCUUGCAUUGCAGAUUUCAAGACAAUGUUGGGAACUUUUCUCUAACAUAAUGGGCAUAUCUUUGGUGUCACCAGAGAAAAUUAGUAGCUUGUUGGAAGUGUGGCGAUUUGUUUGAGGAUGUCUGAGGUGGUGCCGAUCUGUUUACUGACCUCUCUCACUAAGGAACGGGUGUGAGUCCAGAAGAUUGUUCCUACACGAUACAAGCU